GCUUGCUGGUGAAUUUAGCAGUGAAAAGGGCCACAUGUUUGUUGAACAACUUCACAAAGUGCAGUGCAUGCUGCAGGACGUGGGCUCCAACAUCGCGACGCCUCUCUCCUCGGCCAGGGAGGCUCACUUAAGACGAACAUCUUUUAGUGAGAAGCCCGUUCUGGAGCUGGAGCAGUGGAUUGACAGUUACUCAGAGCAGCUUCCUCCGCUCAGAGCUUUCAUCUUGCCGUCAGGAGGCAAGAGCAGCGCUGCUCUCCACUUCUCCCGAGCUGUCUGCCGCAGAGCUGAAAGGUGCGUGAUUCCUUUAGUACAAGCAGGAGAAGCGGAUCCCAACGUGGCCAAAUAUUUAAACAGACUGAGCGACUACCUCUUCGUUCUGGCACGUUAUGCUGCAAUGAAGGAAGGGAAGGAGGAGAAAAUCUAUGUAAAGCCUGAACCGUAA